AUGAAAGCAGGCGAGAACGACUGGAAAAUAGACACCGCCGCAUCCGCCGUCACACUCGGGGCUGUCGUCGGCUCCGGCGGCGGUGGCGGCGGCCCUGGCGCCGAAAACGGCGGACCUGGCGCCGGAAGCGGCGGGCCUGGCGCCGGCGGCGGAAAGCCCGGCGGAGGCGGAAAGCCUGGCGGCAGCGCAGGGUCCGGGCGGCGGUGGACGGCGGUAGUGAGGAUCCACGGCGCGUGUCUCGCGGCGAACGACCCCUUUGCGGGGGACCACGGCGGGCGCUCGUCGAUCAGCGGAAAUGCGCCGGCUGGCGACGGCGGAAGCGCAGGAGACGCAGGAGGUGGAAGCGGGGACGCGGGCGACGGAAUGCGCCUUGCGCCGUACUGCCCGCUGAGGUCGUCCCCCGGUCCUGCUGAGUCUAGGUGUGACAAUGACGGGGCGGGGGUGAGCAUAGCGAGGGAAGCAGAAGGAGGAGAAGAAGGAGGUGGGGGAGGGGGAGGAGUGAGUGGAAGGGUGGGAGGGGAUGAGGCAGGGCGGGGGAUUGCAGCAGAGGCGUUGGUGUCUUGGCACAUGGAGGGCGUUGCUGCUGGUGGUGGUGCUGCUGCUGCUUCUGCUAUGCCUGCAGUAUCAGGGGAGGAUUUGAAAACGGCACAGAAGCAACAAGAAGAGCAGGGGCAGCAGCAGCAGCAACAGCAGCAGCAGAAGGAUGAGCAGCAACAGCAGCAGCACGUGCAAGAAGAGGCGGUGUCAAUGGCAGGAGAGGACCGCUCUCACAUCCUCGUCUCGCCCUCCCGGGGCUUUGUGUUUGCAGCGGUGUACGACGGCUUUGCAGAGCGCCACGCCGUGGAUUACCUCCUCGCACACCUCCACACCGCUCUCUGCCACCAGCUGGACGCGGCUAGUAAGAAAGCGUUCCCAAGGGACCGGAGCCGCUCUGAUUGGUUGGACGCUUCUGACGGGACAGAGGGAUUGGAGCAGGAGGUCGCGUGUGAGGGUGCAGGUGGGGAUGAGUCGAAGGGUAAGGUUAGGUGGACGCUGGGUGGGGUUGGGAGGACGAGCAAGAAAGCAUUCCCGAGGGAGCGAAGCCGCUCUGAUUGGUCAGAAGCUUCGGAUAACCAGGAUGAGCAAGAAGCAUUCCCAAGGGAUAUCCAGGAAGGCGGAAUGGACCAGGAGAGUGGGCCUUAUAAGGGUGGGGCUGAGCAGGGUGGGUCUGAUAAGAGUGGGCCUGAUAAGGGUGGGUCUGAUAAGGGUGGGUCUGAUAAGGGUGGGUCUGAUAAGGGUGGGUCUGAUAAGACACAGGGACUGCAGCAGGAGAGAGCAUCUGAUGCCUCUCAGAAUGGAAGGCUGAGGGGAGAAGGGAAUGGGACUGAAGGGGAGGUGGGACUUGCGCAAAAAAAGUUGCAGCAGCAGCAGCAGCACCACCACCACCAGCAUCACCAUCAUCAGCAGCACCCGUCCCAUGUGCCAAAGAUGGUGCAAGAACCACCUAACGACCACAGACGACACCAGCAGAUUCUAGGCGCCUUAGAACGCGCCCUCGCCUCUACCGAGUCGUCCUUUCUGACGCGAGUUAAAGACGUCUCUAAAGACCAGCCGGAGUAUGCGAUAGGAGGGGCGUCUCUAGUUGCUGCUAUAGUCACAGGCACGGAUGCUUAUGUGAUUAAUUUGGGGGAUAGCAGGGCUGUGAUUGUAAGGGGGGAAGAGGUGGGGAGGGGGUGGAGGAGGGGGUUGAGGAGGGGGGGAGGAGAGAGUGGGAGGCGUGUGAGGAGGGAUAGGGUGGAGGGAAGGAGGGGAAGUGGGAUAUGGGGAAGUGGAGAAGUGGGGAGUGGGGGAGUGGAGAGUUGGGGAUGGGGGAGUGGCGGGAGUGGCGGAGAGGGGAGUGGUAGCAGCAAAGGGAGUGGCAGAAGAGAGAAAGUGGGGGAAACGGGGGGAAUAUGGGAGAAGGGGGAGAAGUGGGAGAGGGGUGAGAUUAGUGGGGCUGUUGGGGAAAUGGAGAGUGCGGGGAGCAGGAAUGCAGGAGGAGGAGAAGCAGGAGGAGGGGAGAAGGGAGGAGGCAGAGGAGGGGGAGUGUGGAGGUGGAGGGCAGAGAGACUGACAGUGGACCACAACACGAGCAACGCUGCUGAGGUGCGGCGGGUGCAGCAGGCGCAUGCAGACAGUGACAUCAUCAAGAGAGGCAGGCUUAAGGGCAAGGUCAAGCUGACCCGGGCCUUCGGUGCAGCUUACCUCAAGGAUCAAACAAUUAAUGAUGCCCUGCUAGGCAUGUUCCGAGUCAAGUACCAAGCCUCUGCCUCAGCUUCGGAACCAUACCUUUCCACCUCACCGCACCUGCGCCACGUGCAAAUCUCACCCCAGUUUCUUUCCUCGGCCAGCAGCAGCAGGUCCGGCGCAUGGAGGCUCGGGAAGUUUAGGUUCGGCACAUGGAGGUUCGGGAGUUCAUAG